AUGGAGACAACCUUAGCUGAUUUACGAGACGAAAUCUGUGAUCCCUAUUUGGACGAUAUCAUCGUCUUCAGUGCGUCGUUUGGUGAUCAUGUCAGACACCCGCGACUAGUUCUCGAGCGGCUCAAAGAAAACGGAGUUAAAUUAAAGCUAAAAAAAUGUACGAUCUUUAAGAGAGAACUCGUGUUUCUCGGGAUAAUCGUCUCCAAAGACGGCUACAAACUCGACCCUUCCACCUUUGCUCCCAUUCUGUGCAUGCAAGAAACUCUACCUAAGACGGUAAACGAGGUUCGCAAACAAAUGGGAUUUCUAAAUUAUUACAGAAGAUAUAUCGCAAACUUUUCCGCUAUGGCAAAUUCUAUCUACGAUCUCGUGAAAACGUCUGAGGGUGGUACUAACGGUGUUUUCGCCAAACACAAGAAGAAUGCAAGCCAGAAAGUGUCAUGGACACAAACCCACCAGGCCGCUCUCGAGCAACUCCUUUCUCAUGUAACCCGUGCCCCAGUGAUGGCGUACCCAGAUGCUACACGCCCGACCAUACUCCACACUGAUGCGUCCGAAAACGGGCUCGGUGUAGUUCUCUAUCAAAAACAAGCCCCGCGUAAUCGCGUAUGGUUCUCGCACUCUCACGCCGGCAGAAAAGAACUAUCAUCUACAGUCUGGAAAGCAUGAAUACUUAGCUUUGAAGUGGGCCAUUUGUGACCACUUCCGAGAUUAUUACUCUCCACCCUUUGAAGUGUUUACAGAUAAUAAUCCACUAACAUAUGUUCUCUCUUCCGCAAAGUUAAAUGCCACUGGUUUACGCUGGAUAGGGGAGUUAGCAGAUUUUAAUUUCACGAUCCGCUACCGACCUCGAAAAGCUAACGCUGACGCGAACACGUUGUCUCGCAUGCCUGAACAUAUGGAGCAGUACAUGGCAUCAUGUAAUAAAGAAACUAGUCAGGACGAGCUACGGACGAUUAUCAAGUCGGUGCAACUACAGGAUGAGGGUCACAUUAAUUGGAUAUCCUCGCUGACUAAUGAUCACAGUGUAGCAGACGAAAGUGAACCGAAGCUCCCGUCAGACAACUGA